AUGAAGCCCUUUUCCCAAGACAUGUCGGAUCAGGGCCGCCUGGCUCACAUCACUCAUGCGGAGAUGUCGGAGCCCACUCAUCUUAUACAGUCCCAUCAAACGACGGCCUCCGCCAAGUCCUUGUCUCGUCGUGUCUCUGCGGAGAGCAUCAGGACCGAAUUUUGCGAGGGGCCCGUCGACAACCCAUAUAGCCCAACCACUCCUGAGAGGAAGCUCACUGGUGCCUUGAUCUAUGAUCGAGCCGAGCUCAUUCAUCGCUUGAAGAUGAAAGAAAGCCCGAUCUGGGUGCCUGGUUGCCAUUCCCGGCUUUAUGAAGACGAAGUACAGCCAUCCCAACAGAUACCCCAAACAUCGAGCUUAAACGGAGCAUGCUUGCUGCCCCCGCCUGCGAUUGCCCAUGAGAAACGAGAUGGCAAACAGGGUCUAUCGGAUGUAAACGCUGCAGGACAGCUCGAGUCGGGACUUGGUAUCGAACGCCCACGCUCUGCCCUUCACAGCGGAGAUUUUACACCAGACGAUCAAAAUGCCGAUGCUCGAGAGAGACGAGACGCUACCCAUUUACGGGAAUCCCAUGAUUUCAGGCAUUUCGAAGACUCAUGGACCUCCAGAGAUCCUACGUCGUUGCCCUUUUCACGGCAAGCAAUGGGUUAUAGAAAAGAGGCAUUUGGUUCACCCUCUUCCUCGCUUUCUUCAUCUCUCUCCACAAGUUUUGCUUAUAAGCACCCCACCAGUCCUCUGGUGCAUACAGAAAGCCGGGAGGAUAUUGAGUUGGAGACAUCUUCGGACGGGAUCAGCUCCGUAUCCCCAAAUAUGCGAAGACAUACAAUAAACUGGGCUCAUGGCUCUUCUCUCGGUCAUGGAGGAAUGCUAAGGCAUACGCCACCACACAGAGAGCGUGCGCUUCCCUACCAAGCACAUCAACCUCGUCGUUCGUUAGCGUCACUAUCAGGCCUCUCGAUACCAAGUUCUUCUCCUCAAACGCUUUCCAUAUUUCGGUCAAGGCGUCUGUCUCACAGCUCCGAAGGCUCCCCCCUACAGCAUGCAUCAAUGGUCGGAUCUUAUGAAGAGAGUAUUCUCAGGGGGCGAAUGUCGACGACGCCUUCCAAGCCCUUGGAGUUCAUGGCGCAAAUUGGGGUCCUAGGCCUUGGAAAGUGCAAACCGAACUUGCGUUGCCCAUCUCAUGUCACUCUGCCAUUUUCAGCUGUGUUCUAUCGUUAUUCUAGCACUGUUCAUGGCAGGAAUAAAGGGGAGGAUGGACCGAGCCCCUAUGUGGGCCAAAUCGACCUGGAGAACGGAUUGCCAAAUCCAGAGGAGUUGCAGCGGUCCAAACGGAAGCAACAAUCAAGGUUCGCCGGACGAACGUCGCCAGAUGAUGACCGAUUAACUCACAAUAUUGGGGGCGAGGUUUCAGGGGGCGAUAGCCAGAGACUCGAAAAGAAUAAGAAAACCUCCCGGUCUCCGAAAGCGCCUCCUGGAGGCUCUUAUCGCAUUCCAGAGAAGGGACAACUCCAGAUUAUUAUCAAAAAUCAGAACAAAACAGCCGUCAAACUCUUCCUGGUUCCAUAUGAUCUGACAGGCAUGGAAGCGGGCACGAAAACGUUCAUCCGCCAGCGGAGCUACUCUGCUGGGCCCAUCAUUGACGGUAUUAAGAGUACGGUGCCGGACGGCCCUCCUAUUCUUCGAUACUUGAUCCAUCUUCACAUCUGCAGCCCGUCGAGUGGCCGUUUUUAUUUGUACAAGGACAUCAGAGUUGUAUUCGCCAACCGCGUCCCGGAUGGCACCGAAAAACUUCGCAAUGAAGUCACGUACCCAGAGCCGCGGUACAUGCCAUACAAAGCGUUGCGAACAUGUCACCUGUCGUCAACUCCAACAAAUAACUUCGUUGCUCCAAAACCAUCACAGAAUGCUCCGAGUUUGGCUGCCGGUAGUCAACAUGAGAAUCAAUCCCACAUGUGCCAGCCAAGUCAAGACAUGGGAUAUCUCAACACUUGUCUCCGUCUCCCCCGGCCAACAGCCAUAACAGCUGGCGGUGAUGCUAUGACCGGACUUGAACUGACGGGACCCCCAGCGCUGCUGGGUAGAUACGACAAGCUCAACAGGGGAGAUGUGGGAUAUGGCGGCAAUCCUUUUGGUCACGUUAAAAACGGGCGGCCUGGGUCGGCAGAGAGUCUUCUAUCAAAGCGGCUCCGGUCAUUGGGUGUACAGAGUCUUGUGGCAGAUGAUGCCGCGGAAGAUGGGGUCAACGGACCGGUCAGCACAUUAAAGGAACGAUUGGAGAACAGAAACCGAGAUGGUCCAUAA